AUGUAUCUCCCUCUGACUCUGAUUCCCCUUUCAGCCGUCAAUUGGCCAACAUCAUUGCCCGUUCCCGAAAACGGUCAAAAUGCAAUGGCAGUACCGAUCACAUCACCAACUCCAACUGCUGUGAUCGCAUCCUUCGAAAAACGUCAACCUGCAUACGCUCCCGUAGAGACAUAUAAGCCCGUCCUCGAAGUCUUAGCCGGAAGUGCUGCCGACGCAUUGGAAGAGCGUGCGAGUGGUGCGGAUGAUGGUUUCGACAGUCUCCUCUGCGCGACCUUGAAAGCGCUGAAGGGCGAGAACCCUGCCACAUUCACUAGUCUGUUGCAAUCCUGCACCGACUUGACUGAUUCGAGUGCGACUCGGCGUACGAAGACCCUCAAGGAGCGCAACGUCGUUAACGACAAAAAGGACCUCGCUACUGAUAUUGAAGCUGUGGACAGUGGAUCUGGCGAGGCAAUUCUGGGCAGAAGCGCGACCAAUCUCCUGGAGAAGCGCGACCUCGACAUCAACAAUAUCACGAAGAAGCGCCAAGACGAGGGCUCGACAGCCUCCUUUGAGCCACUCUAG